GGUUUGUUUUUCCUGGAUUGGGUAGUCAUACUUAGGAUUUUACAGGAGAAUAACAUUUAUGCCAUUAUGUAUCAUAGUUACGUGUCUAAAUAAAUUAAUAAACAUUAUGUACCUAUUAUAACUUGGAUUUAAAAAGAAGACUUUCGUAAUAUCGAUUACAAUGAAAGGAAGUGUCAGCAUAUUUGUGGGGUUAUUCCUGCAAGCUUCGGCCAGCAUUUUCUUUCAUGAGCACUCCCAUAUAACGUUGAUACCAGACCCUACGCGUGAUCACACAACCUUUGGAUUCUCUUUGGCUUACCAACAGAACGGAACAGUCACAAGCCUGGUGAGCGGUGCACCGCACAGUGACCUCACCGGGAAGGUGUUCAGAUGCCCUUUCGAUGACGUGCUGUCAAACUCCGCUACUCAGUGUGGAGAUGUUGAUUUAGAUGUGGACAAAUUAGCCCCGUAUAGUAGAGAUAAUUAUACAGAUUUAAAAUUGAAUCUCGGGUGGUCAGUUUCCGCAACGCCAGAUUAUUUUUUUACUUGCGCACCACUAUGGCCAACGUUGAUUCGUAGUUACGAGUACUUUGGCACUUGCUUCAUGCACAACGAUACCGCACACCGGUACCAGGGACUUAUAGAACAAUUUGUAGCUGGAGGAAGAUUAGAAAAUCAUGCUGACAUUCAGCACGGGACUGGGUGGCGCACUCUAGUGGACCAGUCGAACAAGGUGCUUCUGAUCGCCAAGGUGGCCGGAUCCGGAGGGAUAUCCUCGGUCAACUCCCUCAGUCCUCUGGAACCCGUGCGCUCCUUCUUCUCCGUUAACUCCAAUAGAAAUACGUUUAGACACGACCAUAAUCUUGGAGCCUCAAUGGUUGCUGGAAAAUUUUUCGACAAGAAAAUAACAUUGUAUGCAAUCAGUUCUUAUAAUUUAGAACAAUCUAAAUAUACAAUACAUUUCCUCAGGUAUGCGAACUCAAAGCUAUACUUGGUACCACUUCAAACAAACAAAUUUGGGGGGAAAAAAACUUUCUUGACCAUUUCUGGUUCUGAAUCACACUAUGGUUCGAUGUUUGGAGCGGCCAUGUUUGCGGUAGACUUGGACGGCGAUGGCCUUUCGGAGUUGUUGGUGGGUGCGCCCGCGCACGCCGCUAGUGAGAGCGCACACGAGUCUGGUGCGCUGUAUAUUUACAUGGGCGGCAAUCAGGCUCUUAUCAACGAUAUUGGCAGACGAUGCGUAAUAAAGGCAGUAAAAGGAGGCUCGAGAUUUGGCUCGGCCAUAGCUGCGAACGAUGUAGACGGGGACGAUGUGCCUGAAAUAUUUGUGAGCGCGCCUUAUGAAAAUUCUGGGGAAGGAGCUUUGUACAUUUUAUCUGGUUUUGAAGUAAAAAAAGAAUUAAUAGAUAAAACAAGCAGUGUCAAGGAAACAACACUGUCAAGGUUGAGGUACAAACAGCGAAUCGCGCACAGCGAUUUUAAGACUUUUGGAUAUAGUCUGCAGGUGAUACCGGACUUGGAUGACAAUGGCUGCGAUGAAUUAGCAGUUGGAUCGCCAGGAUCCGACAAAAUAAUGUUGUUGCGUUGUAUACCGGGAAUGAUAGUAAAUGUUAACCUGGAACAAAAGGGAGACCAGAUAGUAAGAGAGCAAGACAACAACUUCACUAUGAGUGUAUGUGUAGAAGUAAAACACUUGAAGCUUAAAAGUUUUUAUUCGGAACUGAAAAUAUCCAACAAAGUGAUUGGUGUUGGUGCAAAUAUCGAAGCUUCCCAACUGAGUUUUAGUGUGGUGUUAAAUGGGACCACAGAAGAACCAGUAUGCCGGGAUGUGAUGGUUAAAUUGAUUGGCAACGACCCACAUGAGUAUAAAUUCUACACCACAGCGGAAAUGGAGGAAACUGAGAUGUUAAACUCAACAGAAUUUAACGUAACUUGGGCAGUGGCGAGCCCGUACAGUGUGCUGGAAAAAAGUGCUGACAUCUCCCGGCGCUGCAGAGACAAGGACUGCGAACCAAACGUCUCGAUGACCAUCGGUUGGUCUGGAAAGAAUGAAAGCUACCUACUCGGAUCGUCCGAGCUCGUCACGGUAUCAAUUUUAGUGAAGAACCAAGGUAAUAGCUCUUACGACUCAUGUGUUAUGGUUGAAAUUGCCGGGCCACCAAUCGCACAGUUCGGCUGUUCCAAGUACGGUAAUGGGUACAGAUGUAUGAUGCCAAAGCCUCUUAGAAGAAACACUCAGUACCCAAUCAACAUAGUAUUUAAUGUGACUCAGCCGUUGAGCAAUAUAGAGCAGAUAAAUGUUCAAGCUCGCUUGUUCCAAUACUGCGGCAAGGGUACCCCUACCGUUAUGCCAUUUGCUCUCAAGUUACAGCUCAAUACUGACGACGUAUUCGUGAAAAGACUAACUCACAACCAAGAUAUAUCAGAUACGGAAAUUAGAGACCAAAAUGUCGCUACUAUCGACGAUGCGCAUGAGUAUAUUAUAAAUAACAAAGGCCGUGUACACUGGAAGAAUGUGGAGGCUACGAUAGUUAUUAAGAACAUGCCUUAUAUCGUCUCAAGCAGGGUUUCGGGGCCAAUGAGAGAGUGUGACCACGAAGCACUACCAGAGCAGUCUACAUUCAAUUGCACCUUCGAUCUGCCGCCCGGUUCUGCCCCCAAGAUUGUGGCUUCCAUUGUCAUUCUCAAGGACAAAAUCGUGGAUUACUUUGUGGAUGAGAAGCUGAAUAUAACCUCAAACAUUAUUUUGUAUUUAAGACCAACUGCAAUAAUGAAGGAGGAAAGGUUGAUAACGACCAUCAAUCUUCACAAGGAACAGUCUUUUGCCCAGAACAAGGGCCUUAUGAUAUUCUUAUCAGUCCUUGGAGCCCUGAUCAUUUUGGGUAUAGUUAUAUUUAUAAUGUAUAAGAUGGAGUUCUUUAAGAGGAAGGAAAAAACUAAACUGGACGCAUUGAAAAAGGAGCAUGUUCGCAGAAUGAGUGUUAAACGCUCUAUGUCUAUGAGCCAUGACAGAUCGGAAGACCCUGAAAACACACACUUACAGGGAAUCGAAAUAGACCUAGAGGAUGCUGAAGACCCUUUUGACAAUAACCGAGGACAUACCAACAUGGCAGCCGAGCAGGAAACUAAAUAAAAUACAAUAUUUUUGUUAGCAUAA